CCUUCCUAGCUGUUGUUAGGGAGAAAUCACCAAAGCUUCCCGAAGUCUCGCGAGAGGACAGCCGUUGCCCCGGCAACAAGCGGCCUGCUCUCUGUGGAGAGCGUGGCUGCGGCCGCAGAAUUAAGAUGGAGUUUCCACUGGCCCUGUGGUCGCCCGGUGCCUGGAGGACAUCCUAAAACACUCUCCGGGCAGGGGUGGGACGACCGGCGGGCUUGAAGAGGCCAAGGGAGCGAGGCGGGCAGCGGGCGCGCCGCUCAGGCAGGGGAGCGCGGGAGAUGAGCCCCUCGGCGCGGGGCGGCGCGGGGCCCGCGUGAGUGAGGAGGCUCCGCGCGGGUCCCGCCCCGGGACAAGGCCUGGCGCGACCGCACGCCCCUCGCUCGCCGCUUCUGGCGGGGACCGGCGCCCGCGGGCUCCCUGCGCCCAGCGCUAGCACACCUCGUCCGCGCACGUAAGGAGUCGCCUCGGUAAUUUCGAGCUGUCAUCCGGGGCUGAAGCUUCGGUCUCCGUCCUGAGAUGUCACCUAGAGACAGCUCUCCCGGUCGCAGUUGUUUAUGAUGAAACUUCGCGAGGCCUUCUGUGCAGUCCGCCCCCCCCAGAACACGCUCUUCUGUAAACGUAAACCCGGGGCUGUGAAAGGUUUUUGUCCGUGGUGUGCGGUCCACGCUCCUAAAGUCUCGUCUCGCUUUUAGAGAGAACGUAACCCGGUAGUUGAAAAACUGGUAAAUUCUUUUGGUAUCCUCCAAAGUGUAAAAGCUUGGCAAGGAUUAUUUCAUUGCAAAUCAGAAAAGAGGAAACGUAUACUUUAAAACUGUAUUGUCCCCAAAGGCACAAUCACCAGCAAGUGUAUCAGGAGGAAAAUGUCAUUUUAGUACAAUGGCAAUUUCAAGCUUGCAUAGAAGCAACAGUGAUCAUCUCCAGCAGGACCUUCUGGUAGCUGUUGGUGUCAAUGAAUUUAGAAGUUAAAUAUACGAAAUUUUACAGCCUAUCCACAUAAUAAAAGAAAUUUCAAGGAAGACACUAGAAGAGAUGUCAGAAGAUUCAGAAGAGGAAGACUAUUCAGAUAGAAGUAUCAGUGAUGACGAUGAAGAUGAAUUGGAUGAGGAUUCAUUCAUGAAAUUUGUAAGUGAUGAUAUUCAUCGGUGUACACUGCUAGCAGCUGAUUCUAUUGGUGACCCAUUCUUCCCUCGGACUACACAGAUUUUAUUGGAGUAUCAACUAGGAAGAUGGGUACCACGCCUUCGAGAACCCCGAGAUUUAUAUGGUGUCUCUUCUUCUGGUCCACUGAGUCCAACACGGUGGCCAUACCACUGUGAGGUCAUUGAUGAAAAAGUUCAGCAUAUUGAUUGGACUCCUUUUGUUCCUGAGCCAGUGUAUGUGCCAACAGGACUGGAAAUAGAACCUGUUUACCCAAAUUCCAAGGAAGACACUGUGGUUUAUCUCGCUGAAGAUGCUUACAAAGAGCCCUGUUUUGUGUAUUCCCGAGUCGGGGGUAACCGAACACCCUUGAAACAACCUGUGGAUAGCUGUGACGACACGUUGGUGUUUGAAGCAAGGUUUGAGAGUGGUAAUCUACAGAAGGUAGUCAAAGUUGCAGAUUAUGAAUACGAGUUGACUGUGCGCCCAGACCUCUUCACAAAUAAGCACACUCAGUGGUACUAUUUCCAGGUCACUAAUACCCAAGCAGAAAUAGUCUACAGAUUCACUAUUGUCAACUUUACCAAGCCUGCUAGUCUUUACAAUCGGGGUAUGAGACCACUUUUCUAUUCUGAAAAAGAGGCCAAAACCCAUAACAUUGGCUGGCAGAGAAUAGGAGACCAAAUCAAGUAUUAUAAAAAUAACCUUGGGCAAGAUGGGCGCCAUUUUUUUUCUCUUACGUGGACAUUUCAGUUUCCACACAGCAAGGAUACCUGCUACUUUGCUCACUGCUACCCAUACACUUACUCCAACCUUCAAGAAUACCUUUCUGGCAUCAACAGUGACCCAGUAAGAUCAAAGUUUUGUAAAAUACGUGUCUUGUGUCACACACUUGCUAGAAAUAUGGUGUAUGUCUUGACAAUAACUACUCCCUUGAAGACUAGUGACUCAAAGCGCAAGGCUGUGAUUUUGACUGCAAGGGUCCAUCCAGGAGAGACCAACAGCUCUUGGAUCAUGAAAGGCUUCCUAGAUUAUAUUUUAGGAGACUCGAGUGAUGCACGCUUGCUUCGGGACACUUUCAUCUUCAAGGUGGUACCCAUGCUGAAUCCAGAUGGCGUGAUUGUGGGAAAUUAUCGAUGUUCCUUAGCUGGACGGGAUUUAAACCGUAAUUACACAUCUCUCCUGAAGGAGUCUUUCCCUUCUGUUUGGUAUACAAGGAACAUGAUCAAUAGGUUAAUGGAGAAACGAGAGGUUAUUUUAUAUUGUGAUCUUCAUGGUCAUAGUAGGAAACAGAACAUCUUCAUGUAUGGUUGUGAUGGUAGCAGCAGAUCAAAAACGAAAGGAUUAUACCUACAACAACGGAUCUUUCCACUCAUGCUGAGCAAAAAUUGCCCAAAUAUAUUUUCCUUCUCAGCUUGCAAGUUUAACGUUCAGAAGAGCAAAGAGGGGACAGGAAGGGUUGUAAUGUGGAAAAUGGGCAUCAGGAACAGCUUCACACUGGAGGCCACCUUCUGCGGAUCUACUCUGGGCAAUAAACGAGGCACUCAUUUCAGCACGAAAGACUUAGAGUCGAUAGGAUUUCAUUUCUGUGAUUCUCUAUUGGACUACUGUGAUCCUGACCGGAGCAAAUAUUAUCAGUGCCUGAAAGAAUUAGAAGAAAUGGAAAAACACAUGAACCUCGAAAGAGCCUUGGAUGAUUCAGAUACUUCUCUAGUAGAAAUUUCUUUGGAUGUAGAGUCUAGUAGUCGAGGCUCUGACAGCUCAGAGUCCAAUGACACUCAGACUUAUCUUCUGAAGGUGACCUCUCAGGCAAGAAACAAGAAAAAGUAUCUGAAAACAAAGAGGGAAAGAAAUGCCAUCCUAGCAGACCACCAGAAUAACACACUAGAGGUUUAUGGCAAAGCACAUUUACUCCAAAGACACGAAGAAUCAAAUUCUGAUGGGAAAGAUCCAAGGGCAGAUGCACCAGAUGUCUAUGUGGCUCACUGUUUCAGAAGAUCAUUGCCUAACCAAGGCCUGGUGAAAAUUCAUGGACAAAGGUUUUAUCCCCGAAAAACACGGUCCAGCUCCCGACGUAUCAUUAAAAGUCUUAGCAAAGACCACCGGACAUAUAUUUUAGAAACUUGUAAGAAUCCAAUCCAGGAAGUUCAGUCCAGAGGAAUUGAUAUAUAUGAAAGUUGUUUCAAAGUAGCAUCCUUGAAAUGUCCUAUGAACAAAAGACCUUCAAAUUGGAUUGAGAAGACAAGGAUACCAACAGAGUCACAUCACCAAUUGAAAAACAAAGCAAAAAGAUGCACAUCUUUCCAAAGCAAGAGGACUGGCACAAAUUGGACAGAUGAUGAGAAACGAAUUUACAGGGACAAAAGAAUAGCUCAAACUCAGGAAAUAUUACAAUAUUUACUCCCUAUCGUGGAGUCCUCUCAAAGCAUGAAAUCUACUCAAAUGACCGAUCUAGUCAACCCGAGAGUCGACUUCCAACAACAUCAACUUAUUCCAACUGCUUGCAUAAAUAGAAGAUACAGAACACCUUGGACAGCAACCAGAAAUCUCCCUUUUAAAACCCAAAGGCAUCUUAUGACAGACACAUCUGAAUGGCUCCAGACUGUGCCCCAGGGGUCAUUUGAAAGUUUGUCACCUCUCUGCAAUCUUCAGAAGACAAAACAUUUUGAACUCUGGACCAAAAAGGCUAAGAAUGUGCAGCUUGCCACCAGCAAAUGGAAGACUGUUCCCUCAAGCUCUAAAAUGGAUGCCAAUAUCAUCAGAGGAAACAGUCUUCUUCAGCCUAGAGAAUCCACCGUGAGGAACUCUGAGCAGAGAAUUCCUUACCUAACCAAAAGCAGCAAGAACCCCAGUGAGGAUGUCCCGCUCACCUUCCAGCUGAAGUUCCACAGGAACAGUUAACUGGGCUGACAGUUCUUCCAAGGACUCUGGCUGAGCAAGAUGUGCUGGCACAGUUAAACAACAAACAAACAAACAAACAAAAAACCACAGCAGCCCUCUCCCAGCCCUCUCCCUCCCCGUUCACAUGCAUAGGUGGCUGCUGUACUACUGAGUUUUACAAAUCCCAGCUUCCUUAGAGGAAACAUCUUUCAGAGAUUUUUUAAAAAUCCAGAGAAAAUAUAGAAAAGUUUAAAACAUAUAUUUAAUUUGUAUCAAUAUGGGAAAGAGCUCAAAACUUUUGAUUUCUUCCAAAAUUAUGUAUGCAUAUAAUGCCCAAAAAUUCAGACUUCAAGAAAGGAAAGACAUGCACUAAUAAUGAUUUUAGCCUAUUAGUCACUUCGAUGAGUCAUCAGCCAACAUCGUUUCCUGCAUUUCUUUUAUAUAGUUGGUGUAUUAGAGAGCCGGGCAUGGAAGCGUGUACUAGCAGUCCCAGAACUUGGGAGGUGGGAAUAGAAGGAUCAGGCUCUCAAGACUAGCUUGGGCAACAUUUAAAGACAAGAUAAUAAAUCCUAAUACUCCCUGACAAGGAAUGCAUUGUACAACACUAAUUUGUGUGCCUCCGGGUGAUAAAAUAGCACAUAUUAAAAGACACUACUUGCACAGACCACAAAAGGUGGAACCAAAUGACAUGGACAUACAUUAUGGCUCCAAAGUCAUUUCACCGCUCAUAAUUAAACAAUGUUGUAAACGAUUAGAAGUCACAAGUCUUCCAGAGCCAGCGAAGGUGCCCCUCCAGCCAUCUCUUCAAGCGGAGACUUCAGGAACAAGUCCUACACCUUACAUCUGUCCUAAGGUGGUAAGCACUCAGGUCUGGGGGUACAAGCUACAAUCCUGCAAGUUUGCACAGGAACCUGACUCAGGAACCUGACAAGUUCAACGCUCACCUGGGCUACAAUGUGAGUUCAAGAGCAGUCUCAGCAACCUAAUUUGGUCUCUAACCAAAAGGCUAAACAAAGAGGAGGGAAAUUAGGCUUGAAGAGAACUACCUGCCUAGUGUAGGGAAGCCCUAGCUCACACUUCAGUAUCAUGCAGAUAAACAGACAGGGAGCUCAAGGAGGGGUCCUGCAGCUUGC